CUCGAACCUCAAGAACUUUAUCCCACAUAAUCUUACGAAAGAUGAGAUUUUCAACCACCUUCCUAGUAGUUGUAUUAUUCUUUGCCGCCUUUGUGGCAUCGCACGUAAUUCGCUCCUAGAUAUUACCUGGGAAACCUUUCUUUCUGAAGUUGAUCCUAUUGAUUCCGAAACUGAGGUCGUAGUUAAAGUCUGUAAAUACGGAUCUAGUGAAAUUGUUAGACACUUGGAAAAGUGCCAAUUCUCUUCAGGACACCAUCCCCUUAAACUUGAUGAUUCAUGGACCGAACUCAGCAAGAGAUAUAUCAUCGUCUUAGAAGUAGAAUGUGAGCAUAAUGGAUAUAGAGGGACUAGCGAGGGGUUCACGGUUAUCG